AUGGAUCAGGAGUCAUCAGACGAUUUCGACAUGCAGUUGAUUGGAAGCUUUCUCAGCUGUGCUUCAAGGGGUGAUAAGGUGGGCCUCAAUCAGAUGUUGAGAGAAGGGACCUCUCCAGAUGUACAAGACUACGAUAAGAGGACAGCCUUGCAUCUUGCUGCUAGUGAGGGCCAUGCUUCUAUUGUGGAGCUACUGAUACUAUACAAAGCCAGUGUCAAUCUCGAAGACCGUUGGCAGCGGACUCCUUUGACAGAUGCUAGACUCUACGGACAUAGAGAUAUCUGCAGGAUACUCGAAGUAAAUGGUGCCAAGGAUUCUAUCACCGAUCAUUCUCUAAAUAAUCUGCACAAUUCAAGAUUUUCUGCUGAAAUCAUUUACUUUUUUAAACCCUAUGUGCAGACUUUUGCACAUGAACAGGGCUUGAAUGAAGUGAAUAUUGAUCUUUCUGAGUUGAAUUUAGAGCAUUCAUCUCCAAUUGACCAGGGUUUCUAUGGGGAAUCUGAGAAGGUCAAAUGGCGUGGAACAUGGGUCAUUAAGACAAUAAUCCAACCAAAAAUAUCCAAACCUGAAAUGAGACUGUCUGCAAAGGAAUUGUCUCUUCUAAGGGAACUUCGCCACCCGAAUAUCGUGCAGUUUCUUGGUGCAAUUGUGCAUGGGGAAGAGAUGAUCUUGAUCACAGAGUUCUUGUCGGGUGGGAAUCUAUGUAAUAUUUUGAGAAAAAGAGUUCGCUUCGACGUACCCACAUCGGUGCGCUAUGCUUUGGAUAUUGCCCGGGGAAUGAAUUACCUUCACCAGCACAAGCCUAACGCUAUCGUCCAUAAUAAUUUAUGUACCAGGAACUUGCUGCAAGAUGAAGGGGGGCACUUGAAGAUUGGUGAAUAUUGGGUUCAAAUGCUUUACGAACAGAUAGACCCUUUUCAUGAAAACUGUCAGAGAAAUGAUAACUCAGGCUCCAUUUGCAAUUCUCCAUGCCAGAAGAAGAAAGAUAUCGAAGCAUUUGCCAGUAUAUUCUACGAGAUGCUGGAAGGACGGGCCUUGUUUUCUAACCCAAAUUCUAAUAGAGCACAUCCAACAUUGAAUGAUACUGUGCCCAAGUUCAAGCUAAGCCGAUGCACGGACAGGAUUCAAGAGUAA